CCGCGGUUGGGAGGCAGGAACCCAGGCGCCCAGCGACCCCCGGAUACUCCCCAGGCCGGGCUGGUAUUGAGAUCAAGGCGUCCAGGAUCAAAAGAUCACCGCCUGCCCGCCCCUCUCCGCACCUCCAACUGGCGAGCAGGAGGACCCCAAUCCACCCAACGACCCUGACCUGGUCAUGGCGUCCAGCUCCUGCCUGGCGUGAGGAUCCCCGACCCGCGCGAGGGAGCCCCAUCCCAGAUCACACCCUCCAGCCCGAGCCCGACCCGCAUUAUCCUGAGUCCCUGCUCCAGUACCGAGUACCUGGCUGGGCCCUGGGCACGCACAGGGGCCGUAGCCCCACUGUGUGUGGGAGCCAUGAGGAUCCUGGCUAACAAGACAAGGUUACCCCACCCCAGGAGGAGAGAAGCUCCAGGGAGCCCGCCGCUAUCUCCCCGCGGCCACUGCCCCCCUGCCCCAGCCAAGCCAAUGCACCCAGAAAAUAAGUUGACCAAUCAUGGCAAGACAGGGAAUGGCGGGGCCCAAUCCCAGCACCAGAAUGUGAACCAAGGACCCACCUGCAACCUGGGCUCGAAGGGCGUGGGGGCGGGGAACCAUGGGGCCAAGGCCAACCAGAUCUCACCUAGCAACUCAAGUCUGAAGAACCCCCAGACAGGGGUCCCCCCUUUCAGCUCACUCAAGGGCAAAGUGAAGAGGGAGCGGAGUGUGUCUGUGGACUCUGGAGAGCAGCGAGAGGCUGGGACCCCGUCCCUGGAAUCAGAGGCCAAAGAGGUGGCACCCCGGAGUAAGCGGCGCUGUGUACUGGAGCGGAAGCAGCCAUACAGUGGGGACGAAUGGUGCUCAGGACCGGACAGCGACGAGGACGACAAGCCCAUUGGGGCCACCCACAAUUGUAAUGUAGCAGACCCAGCCAUGGCGGCCCCACAGCUGGGUCCUGGCCAAGCCGCCCAACUGCCCCUCAAUGAGAGCAGCACACCUGGGCCCCCGCAUGGGCCCCCACCAGGCCUUCGGCCCGAUGCCCCCGGGGGCGGAGGUGGGGGUGUCCCUGGAAAGCCUCCGUCACAGUUUGUGUACGUCUUCACUACCCACCUGGCCAACACGGCUGCGGAGGCAGUGCUGCAGGGCCGGGCGGACUCCAUCCUCGCCUACCACCAGCAGAACGUGCCCCGGGCCAAGCUGGACCAGGCCCCCAAAGUGCCACCUACCCCAGAACCGCUACCCCUGAGCACGCCAUCAGCAGGCACCCCGCAGUCCCAGCCUCCUCCACUGCCGCCGCCGCCACCCCCAGCCCCGGGUAGCGCCCCCCCAGCUCUGCCUUCUGAGGGGCCACCCGAAGACACUGGUCAGGACCUGACACCCAACUCGGUGGGAGCUGCCAGCACGGGCGGUGGGACUGGGGGUACCCACCCUAACACCCCUACAGCUUCCACCGCCAGCAACCCACUGCCUCCUGGAGGAGACCCCAGCAGUGCCCCGGGCCCUGCCCUGCUGGGGGAGGCCCCCACCGGAAACGGGCAGCGGAGCCUGGUGGGCUCUGAGGGCCUGUCCAAGGAGCAGCUGGAGCAUCGGGAGCGGUCCCUCCAGACGCUUCGAGACAUUGAGCGGCUGCUGCUCCGCAGUGGGGAGACAGAGCCCUUCCUCAAGGGGCCUCCAGGAGGAGCUGGCGAGGGGGGACCACCAGCACAAGCCCCUCCUGCCCCUCAGCAGCCACCCACGGCCCCGCCCAGCGGGCUGAAAAAGUACGAGGAGCCCUUGCAAUCCAUGAUUUCGCAGACACAGAGCCUCGGGGGCCCACCGCUGGAGCACGAAGUGCCUGGGCACCCCCCAGGUGGGGACAUAGGGCAGCAGAUGAACAUGAUGAUGCCGAGGCUGGGCCAGGACAGCCUGACGCCUGAGCAGGUGGCCUGGCGCAAGCUGCAGGAAGAGUAUUACGAGGAGAAACGGCGGAAGGAGGAGCAGAUUGGGCUGCACGGGGGCCGCCCACUGCAGGACAUGAUGGGCAUGGGGGGCAUGAUGGUGCGGGGCCCACCGCCGCCCUACCACAGCAAGCCUGGGGAUCAGUGGCCCCCCGGGAUGGGCGCUCAGCUGCGGGGGCCCAUGGAUGUCCAAGAUCCCAUGCAGCUCCGGGGCGGACCUCCCUUCCCCGGCCCCCGCUUCCCAGGCAACCAGAUGCAACGGAUGCCUGGGUUUGGAGGCAUGCAGGGUAUGCCCAUGGAGGUGCCCAUGAAUGCCAUGCAGAGGCCUGUGAGGCCAGGUAUGGGCUGGACCGAAGACUUGCCCCCGAUGGGGGGGCCUGGCAAUUUUGCCCAGAAUGCAGUGCCCUACCCAGGCGGGCAGGGUGAAGCUGAGCGAUUUAUGACUCCUCGGGUUCGCGAGGAGCUGCUGCGGCACCAGCUGCUGGAGAAGCGGUCGAUGGGCAUGCAGCGCCCCCUGGGCAUGGCCGGCAGCAGCAUGGGGCAGGGCAUGGAGAUGGAGCGGAUGAUGCAGGCACACCGGCAGAUGGAUCCAGCCAUGUUCCCCGGGCAGAUGGCCAGCGGCGAGGGCCUGGCAGGCACUCCCAUGGGCAUGGAGUUUGGUGGAGGUCGGGGCCUCCUGAGUCCCCCCAUGGGGCAGUCUGGGCUGAGGGAGGUGGACCCACCCAUGGGGCCAGGCAACCUCAACAUGAACAUGAAUGUGAACAUGAACAUGAACAUGAACCUGAAUGUGCAGAUGACCCCACAGCAGCAGAUGCUGAUGUCACAGAAGAUGCGGGGCCCUGGGGACAUGAUGGGGCCGCAGGGCCUCAGUCCUGAGGAGAUGGCCCGGGUGCGGGCCCAGAACAGCAGUGGCAUGAUGGGCGGCCCACAGAAGAUGCUGAUGCCCUCGCAGUUUCCCAGCCAGGGCCAGCAGGGAUUCUCUGGGGGCCAGGGACCCUAUCAAGCCAUCCCCCAGGACAUGGGCAAUACUCAAGACAUGUUCAGCCCUGACCAGAGCUCAAUGCCCAUGGGCAAUGUGGGUACCACCCGGCUCAGCCACAUGCCCCUGCCCCCUGCGUCCAAUCCUUCUGGGUCUGUGCAUUCAGCCCCAAACCGGGGUCUGGGCAGACGGCCUUCAGACCUCACUAUCAGUAUUAAUCAGAUGGGCUCGCCGGGCAUGGGGCACCUGAAGUCACCCACCCUUAGCCAGGUACACUCACCCCUGGUUACCUCGCCCUCAGCCAACCUCAAGUCACCCCAGACUCCCUCACAGAUGGUGCCCUUGCCUUCGGCCAACCCGCCGGGACCUCUCAAGUCGCCCCAGGUCCUCAGCUCCUCCCUCAGUGUCCGUUCGCCCACCGGCUCGCCCAGCAGGCUCAAGUCUCCCUCCAUGGCGGUGCCUUCUCCAGGCUGGGUCGCAUCGCCCAAGACAGCCAUGCCCAGCCCUGGUGUCCCCCAGAACAAGCAGCCGCCUCUCAACAUGAACUCUUCCACCACCCUGAGCAACAUGGAACAGGGUGCCCUCCCGCCUAGCGGCCCCCGGAGCAGCUCCUCAGCGCCUCCCGCCAACCCUCCCAGCGGCCUCAUGAAUCCCAGCCUGCCAUUCACUUCCUCCCCAGACCCCACGCCUUCCCAGAACCCCCUGUCACUGAUGAUGUCCCAGAUGUCCAAGUACGCCAUGCCCAGCUCCACCCCGCUCUACCACAAUGCCAUCAAGACCAUCGCCACCUCAGACGACGAGCUGCUGCCCGACCGGCCCCUGCUACCCCCACCACCACCACCACCGCAGGGCUCUGGGCCAGGGAUCAGCAAUAACCAGCCCAACCAGAUGCACCUGAACUCAGCUGCUGCCCAGAGCCCUAUGGGCAUGAACCUGCCAGGCCAGCAGCCCCUGUCCCAUGAGCCCCCACCUACCAUGUUGCCCUCCCCCACCCCUCUGGGCUCCAACAUUCCACUGCACCCCAGUGCACAGGGGACAGGAGGGCCCCCUCAAAACUCGAUGAUGAUGGCUCCAGGGGGCCCAGAAUCCCUGAAUGCCCCCUGCGGCCCUGUGCCCAGCUCCUCCCAGAUGAUGCCCUUCCCUCCUCGGCUGCAGCAGCCCCACGGUGCCAUGGCCCCUAGUGGGGGCGGGGGCGGGGGCCCUGGCCUGCAGCAGCACUACCCUUCAGGCAUGCCCCUGCCCCCAGAGGACCUGCCCAGCCAGCCGCCAGGCCCCAUGCCCCCCCAGCAGCACCUGAUGGGCAAAAGCAUGGCUGGGCGCAUGGGCGACGCGUACCCUCCGGGCGUGCUCCCUGGGGUGGCAUCAGUGCUGAACGACCCCGAGCUGAGCGAGGUGAUCCGGCCCACCCCGACGGGGAUCCCCGAGUUCGACUUAUCGAGGAUCAUCCCCUCGGAGAAGCCGAGCAGCACCCUCCAGUACUUCCCCAAGAGCGAGAACCAGCCCCCCAAGGCCCAGCCCCCCAACCUGCAUCUCAUGAACCUGCAGAACAUGAUGGCGGAGCAGACUCCCUCACGGCCCCCCAACCUCCCGGGCCAGCAGGGCAUCCAGCGGGGGCUCAACAUGUCCAUGUGCCACCCCGGACAAAUGUCCUUGCUGGGCAGGACAGGUGUGCCCCCACAGCAGGGCAUGGUGCCCCAUGGCCUGCACCAGGGGGUCAUGUCCCCUCCACAAGGCCUCAUGACCCAGCAGAAUUUCAUGCUGAUGAAGCAGCGGGGCGUGGGGGGUGAGGUCUACAGCCAGCCCCCACACAUGCUGUCCCCCCAGGGCUCCCUCAUGGGCCCCCCACCCCAGCAGAACCUCAUGGUGUCCCACCCUCUGCGGCAGCGCAGUGUGUCUCUGGACAGCCAGAUGGGCUACCUCCCGGCGCCGGGCGGCAUGGCCAACCUGCCCUUCUAGCAGUCUCCGUUGGGGGGCUGGAGCUGGGGCGAUAUUGCAAAUAUGAUAACCUUAAAAAA